AUGGAAAGAUCGAAGAUUCAUGGAUAUUCGUGGUCCACGUGCACGCAGGUCAACGGACAGACUUCUGUGGCACCAGCACAGAAUGGAGUUCCGGCCAAGGAGAGCCAAUCGCAGGGCUUGCUGCACGUAACCGUUCAUGAUUGGGAACCAGAUCAGCCGGGGCAGCUUUGCAUUGAAAAGGGCAGCCUCGUCAACAUCUCCUACCGAGCCGCACAUGGCUGGGUUUAUGCAGGAACCGUUCGAACAGCACCCGAAGGUGACACAUUGGAAAAAGGCCCAGAAGAGGGCUGGAUUCCGCAGGCCGUUGUUAAGCGGGUGACCAUGUGCCGAGUGGCAGUGGAUUGGCCAGCUGAAGGAGAAGCCAUUUCUCCAGCAACCUUGGGCGUCACGAAGGGAGAAAUCCUUGCCGUCUCCAAGGAGGCUGAGAGAGGAUGGGUCUACGGCGAGCUAAUCUCCGCUGACACCUGUGGGCGGUGCACGCGCCCUGACAACAAGCCUUCAGAUGGCUGGCUGCCAAAGAAGGUCCUGGACUAUCUUCAGUCGUGA